GCUCGUCCCAUCCCCCACCCAAUUUCACGGUCAUCUCUAGACCGUCGUUAGAGUCCAUUGCCAUUGCUUCUCAGCAGAGUUCAAUGAGAUUAGCAUGCAUGGACAACCUCCGCAUAUAUCCCUCCAUCUUUCUACUGCUCUGUUGUGUUGCUGCAAUCGCAGCAUACCCUGCUCGCUCUGAUUUUUUAUCCCACGAGAACCAUCAGUCUGUAUCAUACAGCCCACAACCACAGGAUUUCCCAAAUGAGCGACUAUACCGCGCCUACCUCGUAAUCCAGCGCUUCAAGAGCACCGUCACCAGCGACCCCAAGAACGUCACCGCCACCUGGAUAGGUAAUGAUCUCUGCGGGGAGAAGAGCUACGUGGGUUUCUAUUGCGGAGCACCGUCUGGGCGAGAUAAGUUAACCGUCGCGGCGGUCAUUUUGAAUGGCUACAAUCUACAUGCACCAAAGCUGCAAGGGUUCUUAGAUAAGCUCCCGGAUCUCGCUUUUUUCCAUGCCGCUUCAAACCAAUUUGGUGGCGACAUACCCCGCCUCGCCGGCCUUGCCUACAGUUACGAGCUCGGUGUCAGUAAAGAAAUGCCUGCACGCCCUAUGAUGUGGGGGGGGAGCGGCGGAGUGGCACCGGAGGUUAUUUUCACCAACUGCAUAACUGCGAAAUUUAACUUUACAUUUGACAUUCGAUCUGGCGACAAGAAGCGAGGAGGCAUGAUGCCCCAUGCUACGGAUUCUAAAGCUCUCCUCCUCAAUUACAACAACCUAUCUGGGCCCCUUCCGGCGAACAUUGGCUUCUCCAAGUUGAGCUACCUCGCCCUCGCCAACAAUAAGCUUACGGGGCCAAUCCCACCGUCAAUCGAGCACCUACAAGACUCCCUCUUCGAGCUGCUCCUCCUCAACAACCAGCUCUCGGGCUGCCUCCCCCACGAGCUCGGCAUGCUCCACAAGGCGGCCGUCAUCGACGCCGGCAUGAACCAGCUCACCGGCCCGAUCCCGUCAUCCUUCUCCUGCCUCAGCAGCGUCGAGCAGCUCAACGUCGCCGGGAACCGCCUCUACGGCCCGGUGCCCGACGCGCUCUGCAAGCUCGCCGGGCCCGCCGGCCGCCUCGCCAACCUCACGCUGUCCGGCAACUACUUCACCUCCGUCGGGCCGGCGUGCGCGGCGCUGAUCAAGGACGGCGUCCUCGACGUGAAGAGCAACUGCAUCCCGGGCCUCGCCGACCAGAGGCGCCCGGCGGAGUGCGCGGCGUUCCAGAGCCAGCCCAAGACGUGCCCGGCGGCGAGCACUCCGGUGGCCUGCCCCGCCGCAGCUGCGGCCAAGGGCGAGGUGGCACCGGGGGAGAGGAAGGCUAGGGACUACUCCAGCUACGUGACCUACGCUACUCUGCAUGAGUGAGCGGCCUCAGCUCGGCAUGCAGUAGGAGACAGAUCGUCUCGGUGGCGUUUUGGCUAUUUGUUCUUGUAUUCUUAUGUACUAGUACCGUGUGGUUGGAGUGUUUGCUGUCUAUUUUCUACGCACGUGUUGCUGUCCAGGUUGCUGUCCAACCUAGAUCUAUUUGUAUCCAUUAUAUUUGAGUGAAAAUUUGUUGCCGUUGUUGUAAAGUUUUAUCUGUCAUGGACGUUCGAUAUAUUGCUUAAA